UAUCCUCUCCCGUCACAUAGCAGUAGGGGGACAGCUCAUCACAUCCACAAGCUGAACCAGGUUGCAGUGGUUCAGUCGCACCGACACGGUGAUAGGUGACACAUCCGGCGGAGCUCCGGUGCGUCUUCAAGCGCCGUCACCAAUAUUCCAACAUGGAAGUGGAGUGCUGGAACAUGUUGAUAUUUUGGAUCUAUACCUCAGUACCACAAAGACAGAUAUGCUGUCAGUCGGCUAACACUGGAAGCCAUGUGAAGGCUACCUACAGGACAACAGAAUCCAGAUAAAUUAGAUUAUUGGAUUGACUGCAACAGAUUACAGUUCUUGUCAUUAGCCUACUUCCUCGGUGCUUCAUAAGGAAACUACAUUAUUUCACGCGAAUAGUUGAAAAUAUAAAGACUGGCAGCCAUGCUGACCAGCUUUAUGGAGGGUCUUCUCUGCUGCCUGACCUCAAAGUCGUCCAACAUUGUUGUUCCUGUAGAAACCUCAGAACUAGCUGAUGGCUAUGAGUUUGUGGAGGUGAAACCAGGCCGUGUCCUGCGGGUUCGACAUAUCAUCCCUGACCGGCAGGUGGUGGAGGAACCCACUUGGCAGGGUGGGAGUAUCAGCUGCAAACGAAAGAUCACAGUAUAUCGUAACGGACAGCUAUUUAUUGAGAACUUGGGUGACAGGGCGAGUGCAGAGCUUAAAAACUGCGAAAACGGGGAGACAGACCCAAACAGCAUUGUAGAGGUUGAACUGACAGACUGUGGUAACUCCUCACCGCCCGCCAGCAUCCCUGAGACCAGGUCUAAGUCUGUCACAGCUGGAACAGACGGGUCAGCUGAAACAGAAGCAGGAAGAGAGGCACCUGCUGCUGGACAGACUGGCCAGUCCCAGCAACUCAGGAAGCGCAGGCGGAAGCCCAAGCGCACUGUGGUGAUCGACUGUGAGAGGAAGAUAUCAGCCUGUAAAGGGACACAUGCAGACGUGGCUCUGUUCUUCAUCCAUGGAGUGGGAGGCUCACUGGACAUCUGGGGAAGCCAGUUGGACUACUUUUCCAAGCUGGGCUAUGAGGUGAUCACCCCAGACCUGGCAGGUCACGGAGCCAGCUCAGCACCACAAAUAGCUGCUGCAUACACUUUCUAUGCCCUGGCUGAGGAUAUGAGACUUAUCUUCAAGCGAUAUGCACGGAAGAGGAAUAUUCUCAUAGGACAUUCUUAUGGUGUGUCAUUCUGUACCUUCCUGGCCCACGAGUAUCCAGAACAGGUCCACAAGAUGGUGAUGAUCAAUGGAGGUGGUCCCACAGCUCUGGAGCCAAGCCUCUGCUCCAUCUUCAACCUGCCCACCUGUGUGCUGCACUGCCUCUCGCCGUUGCUAGCCUGGAGCUUUCUCAAGGCUGGCUUUGCUCAACAGGGUGCCAAGGAGAAGCAGCUGCUAAAAGAUAACAACGCCUUCAAUGUGUCGUCCUUUGUGCUGCGCGCCAUGAUGAGCGGGCAGUACUGGCCUGAGGGGGAUGAGGUCUACCAUGCUGAAAUCACAGUGCCCAUCCUGCUGGUUCACGGCAUGCACGACAAGUUUGUCCCCAUCGAAGAGGACCAGCGCAUGGCGGAGAUCCUCCUAAUGGGCUUCCUGAAGGUCCUGGAAGACGGCAGUCACAUGGUCAUGAUGGAGUGUCCCGAGGCUGUCAACACACUCCUGCAUGAGUUCAUCCUCUGGCAGCCGGCCACCCCUCCACCGCCAAAGAAAGAGUCCAAAACACGUCCAGAAACUGCCAAAGUCCAAUCUGACAACGCCAAGGCAACAUCUGACCCUUCCCAGAUCCGACCUGCAACUGCAAGGCAGACCUCAUCAAACAGCAACACAGAAGAGAAACCAGACAGCAAGGCCAAGAAAUGACUGAAGCUUCCUGUGGUUUUUACACGAUAUCAUGGCUGGCCAUGCACUUUGUGUGUCCUGAUUAUCUGAACUGGUUUUAACUGGUGAACCUGAUGCUGAGCCAAACGAGCCAGUUUAUCUGAAAUGGUCCAGCUAAAGGUUGGACAGGCGAAGAUGUGACACAAUGCAGGGAAGUUAAGUUUGAUUCCAGUUAUGUCAGCUGCUGAGCUGAAAGACAGAGGAAGAAGGAGCUCCACCAGUGGACGCUGGAGGUCCAUUCCUCAGCUUCCUGUCCUCAACAUACAGCAGGGAAGAUGUAGCUGUGCCUUGAAGUGGAGGGUGGGGAUGCAAGGACAGGCGGAGCAAGAGAGGGAAACAGUAACAUAAAGCCAUGAGGGCGAGGGGGGAAAUUUACAAUUGUUUGUGGCAAAAUGAUAAAAUUUGACUUUUGUGGACGAAUCAAAGUGUCACCUGCCACGCUGACAGCUACACUUGAUGGCCUGGUCUGACUUUUGCCAUGUGGAGAAUUUUUUGAAAACGUCUCUGCACACCUGAAUGUGUAACAGGUGCGUCGGAGGAAGGUGCAAUCUUGAAAAAAAUGAGAAGAACUAUCGCACACUGUCUGGCUUAAAGCUAAAAUAUUUAUUGAUAUAUAUGUACUGUAUAUACCUGAUAAAGGAAAGACAGACCGAAACGUUGAAAUCCAUAAAUAUAUUUC